AUGCCUGGUCAGACAUCCUCUCGGCCAUCCAAACUGAGACAGCAAGGGCGGGGAGGGGGUGGCCCGAUGCAGACGCGGCUGGCGGUGCUGGGACUGCUGGCGCUGGUCGUCGGGACGGGCGGUCUGCUGCUGUAUCUGCGGCUGCGCCAGCAGAGGGAUGCCGCAGUCGCCAUGUGUUACAAUACCGAAAAUGGUCCUGAAGCCAAGUCCAUCAAUUUUAAGGUGUCAACGAACUGUGAGCGCAGAUUCGGGUUUGUAGUAAAUGUCAUGGACCCGUUGCUACAAACCCAUGCCUGCACGGGUGUGCUCGUGGCGCCAAGGGUCGUCGUGGUACCCGCCUCGUGUAUUGAAGAGAAGAAAGUUGAAUACCCCCCUGUGCGACUGGGAAGUAACCAUUUGAAUCCUGCCGAUGUUCCUCAUGAGAAUGACGUGCGGAACACCUGUCGCCGCAUCACGCACAAGGACUACCAAAAGAACAACCCAAAAAAAGGCGCCGACAUAGCGCUGCUCAUCCUGGAGAGCCCAGCUGUGCACAAUGCGCCCAUCUCCGGCAUCACAUCCCUCCAAGACUGCCAGGAUCCAAGGCACAGUCGCAAGGGGAACAUGACAGCCUUCGGGUGGUUCUCAGCAGGAAUGAGUCAGACGCCAUCCUUCGAACUGCAGGCGGUGCCGAACCUGGAAUGGGUGGACAAAGCACAGUGCCGCAAGGCGUUGGGCCAUGGGACUCCCAGUGGAACUGUCUGCUCAAAGUACCCCAAUAGGGCAACCAUUGCAGAAUGGGACCUUGGUUCGCCCAUCCUGUGCAACGACGAGGAGUUGGUCGGCCUGGCGUCCUACGAGCAGAUGCGCGUCUCGAGGGACGUGCCCUACGUUUACACGCACAUUUCAGAGUACCGCCACUGGAUCGAGAGUCUUGGAGAAAAGGCAUCCGUCGAUGAGACAAACGACGAGGCAAGGCCUGAAUGCAAGGCUGCGCGAGAUGUACGUAAGAUCGUCUUGAAAACCGCCGACGAUCGCGAGCUCUAG